AUGGGUAUUUUCCAGGUAACUCUUGGCCCUCUUCUGCUGGGCAUCUUUUGUCAACGCCUAUCUCUAUGGGGUACUUACAUUCCAAUAUGCAUCGUAUUACAAUAUUGCAUUCAACGACGCGUUAUGGAUUCGGUCGGUGUCCGGUUUAACGAUGCGGUCGCCUUCAAGACUGAUACCAUAAAUAUGGCUGGCAGACUCACCGUUUUUGCGUUACUCUGCCUCGACACUUUCCACAGCAGUUCAUUGAUCUACCUCGCUUGGGUCUAUGCUGUAGAUGGCUAUAACAAUCCCUUCGCUUUGACCAGACCUGUUUGGCCUUAUCCAGCAUGGGUAUUUGUAGCUACAGUCACGGCUUGCAUAACGCAGGUGUUUUUGGCAUAUCGGAUUCUCAGGCUUAAAAAGGGCAUUGCGUUAUACGCUACCGUGUUGGUUCUGGCUGCUGCCGCUUUCAUUUUUGGCAUUAUCUUCGGUGUCAAGGUCUGCAAUGUCAAAACCAUGAUGGAAACAGUGGGUAUGAGCUCUCUGAUAUCUGUGUGGCUUUGUCUGGAAGUCGGCGUGAACGUCCUGAUUACUGGCAUCUUAUUGCAUUUACUUUCACAGUCACGAACGGGAUUUCAGAGGUCUGAUAGUAUAAUAAACCGUCUUAUGCAGACAACGGUACAGACAGGACUCUUGACCAGUGUCGUGUCUGUUCUGACGUUGGUUUUAUACCUGGCUGAUAGGCACACCGAGUUCUACAGCUUGUUCGGUGUACCAAUCAGCCGCUUGUACAGCAAUACACUCAUGCACACACUUCUUUGUCGAGAAGAACUGCGUGGAAUGAUUAGUCUUCCUGAAGAGUCUACCCAUAUAACCAAUAACAUCCAACUUUUCGUACGCAAAGAGAUAGAGAUGGAUGUACAUACUGACGAUUCGGGGUUGGCGAAGGUGUCACCGAGCGUUGGUGUCUGGAGUAGCAAACGUACAACGGAGGAAAAGUAA